UGAAUUUAUAAGAAUCUUCUCGAAGUAAAUAUAAGAUCAAGAAAACAAAGGACGGUCUGCUCUUGUCUGUAAAAAGAAGAGAAAUUGAAAAUCAUCAAGCAAAAUCAGGUCUUGUUGUACUGAUUGAUAAAAAUGAGGGGAAGAAGCUAUAGUUACAGCCGUUCACCUCCUUCUAGGGGUUAUGGAAGGAGAUAUCGGAGUCCGAGUCCAAGAGGUCGUUAUGGCGGAGGACGUUCGCGGGAUCUUCCUACCAGUCUUUUGGUUCGUAAUCUUCGUCAUGAUUGCAGGCCUGAGGAUCUCCGUAGACCCUUUGGACAGUUUGGUCCUCUGAAGGACAUUUAUUUGCCUCGGGACUAUUAUACGGGGGAGCCUCGCGGUUUUGGAUUUGUUCAAUAUGUAGAUCCAGCUGAUGCUGCAGACGCCAAGCAUCAUAUGGAUGGUGAAAUUUUUCUUGGUCGGGAACUCACAGUUGUCUAUGCCGAAGAAAAUAGGAAGAAACCAUCAGAAAUGAGGUCAAGAGAUCAUAUCAGAGGACGAUCAUAUGACCGCAGGCAUUCUCCACGGCGGAAUUCACGCUCGCCCCGUUAUGGACGAAGUUAUUCUCGUAGUCCAGUUUGUUAUUCCCGUUCUCCUAGGAGAAGACAUCAUUCAAGGUCAUACUCUCCUAGAGACGGAAGGUAUAGAGAGCGAUCUCUUUCAAGGUCUCCUUAUGCCCCAAGGAGCCGAAGUAUGACUCCAAGUAGGAGCGGGAGCGGGAGCCAAAGCCUAGACUAUUCUAGGUAACUGAUACGUAUUAGGAAGUGAGCAUCACGGAAGAUAUCUGCCUUGGCCAGGAGUCUGAUAUACUGUCAUGAGCUGGUAGUGGUUUCUCUAGAGUUGGUGACUAAUUACCUAUUAAUUGUGUGCUGCAUAGUGCUGUCAUAUGAUUGAAUCUUUUAUCUUCAACUCUCUAUAGUAAUUAGGAUGUGAUUGUGUUGCUAGUGACUAGUAUUGAUCUGUAUUUCUUAAGCCCUUUUUACUAUCUUUUUUGUUUGGAAAUUGUUAGUGAUUUCAUUUAAAUUACUAAAAAAUUCAGGUUCGAGCCUCUUUGUGCA